AUGUCUAAAAAAAGAGGAGCAAAGCCGAAGGGGCUUCCUCUCUUUGGAAGAGGGAAGGAACAAACACAGUUUCUUGAAGCGCUGAAGUUGUAUGAAGGCAAGAGCUACAAAAAAUCCAUCAAAAUUUUGGAUGGUGUGCUAAAAAAGGACUCUCAUUUCGUGGAUGCAUUGGCACUCAAGGGAUUGGAUUUACUCUCUACUGGUGAAAAGACUGAAGCAAGCAGCUUGAUUAAGAAUGCAUUGAGCAAAAUUGAAGGUACCACGGCGUCGCCUAUUUGUUGCCAUGUUUUAGGUAUUUACAUGCGGACAUCAAAAAAUUAUGCGGAGUCUGCUAAAUGGUUUCACGCAUCUUUGAAUAAUGGCUCGAAUAAUAUGCAGAUUUAUAGAGAUUUGGCCUCAUUGGAGUCACAAAUCGGGGAUUUUAAAGGUGCACUAGUGUCAAGAAAAAAGUAUUGGGAAUCAUUCCCAGGCUAUCGUUCUAACUGGACGUCGCUUGCCAUAGCCCAAGAUAUGAAUGGAGAGCAUCAGCAGGCCGUCAAUACUUUAACUCAGUUCGAGAAGCUUGUUGAGGGAAAAAUCGGUGACAGUGAACUCUACGAGCAUAAUGAAUGCCUUCUUUACAAAAAUGACAUAUUAUACAGGGCUGCAGGUGACAACAAGGGUAAGCUUGUUAAUGCUAUGAGUAACCUUAAAGCGAUUGAACCUUCUGUUUAUGACAAAUAUGAUCUCCUAGAGUUGAAGGCUUCUAUUCAUAUGAAGAUGGGCGAGCUUAAGGAAGCUUCCAAAGUUUACAGAAUGCUGAUAAAGAGGAAUCCUGAUAAUUUCACUUACUACCGUUUGUUGGAGAUUUCUCUCGGUAUUCAUGGUGAUAACAACUUGAGGAAGACCCUUUAUGAGAAGCUACAAAAGUUCUAUCCCAGGAGUGAACCACCUAAAUUUAUGCCAUUGACUUUCACCGAAAAUGUAGAUGAAUUAGAGACUAAGUUGGAGGAGUACGUGAGACCACAAUUAGCACGCGGUGUCCCUGCCACUUUUUGUAACGUGAAGCCGUUGUAUCGCAACAGAAGAUCGAUAGUUGCUCCUUUGCUCGAGAAGAUAGUCUCCAAUUAUUUUAAGGAGUUGAACCCAACUAAUGAUCCACUACCUUAUAUAUGGACAUGUUAUUACUUGGCCCAACACUAUUUGUUCAUGAAAGAUUUCCAAAAGUCACAAGACUUCAUCGAUAAAGCAAUCAAACACACCCCAACUUUGGUUGAACUAUAUAUUUUUAAAGGCCGUGUACUAAAACACCUCGGAUUAUUGGAUGAAGCGGCUGAAACUUUGGAAAGAGGAAGAAAAUUGGAUCUUCAAGAUAGGUUUAUUAACACCAAGACGGUCAAAUAUUAUUUGAGAGCCAAAAACAUCGAAAAGGCAGUCGAAAUAGCUUCGUUGUUUACAAAGAAUGACGAGUCAGUAAAUGGAGUUAAGGACUUGCAUCAGGUCGAGGCAGCUUGGUUCAUAAUAGAGCAAGCUGAAGCAUACUACAAGCUUUACAGAGACUCCGAAAGAAAAUUGAAAGAAUAUCUCAACGAAAUGAGCACCAAAAAAUCUGCAGAAAAAGAAGAAAAUAAUAAAAACGGAACUGAUGAAACUGGAGAAAAUUUCAUUCGUGUCUUAAAGAAUUAUGAGUGGCAAGUCAAUAAGUACUGUGGAUUAUCUUUGAAGAGAUUUUACGCAAUCAGCAAAAUUUAUCAACAAUUUGAAGAUGAUCAAAUGGAUUUUCAUUCAUACUGUAUGAGAAAGGGGACACCAAGAGCAUACGUAGAUAUGUUGAAGUGGGGUAAGACUAUUUACACGCAACCAAUUUACGUUCGUGCUAUGAAGGGUGCUUUCAAAAUUUACAACAAGCUUUACAAUGAUUCCAAAAAUCUCAAUGAGAAUGAACAAAUUGAAAAUCUUGUGGAAAAGGUGAUGCAAGAGCACUCCAAGAAGUCAAAAAAAGAGAAUUCUGUCUUGAACAAGCGUAAGGAAGAGGAGAAGAAAACUGUUAUUGCAUAUCCUGAAUCGGAUGAUAAAGAUCCGUAUGGUAUAGAUUUAGUCAAAUCUAACUCACCAAUGGAUGCGUUUAUGGAACAGUUUUAUGAAAACUAUAAUCGCCAGGCCAAGGAACAAGAAAGAGACUAUGAAUUUGAGUUCGAUUACCAAUAUUCAAACGGUAAGUUAGCUUUGUGCCUAUCUGCCUUAUCAAAGUAUACAAAAUAUGGGCAUAAUUCAGGCCUCAUUGGUGCUAUGACAAUAGUACUUUUAUUAGCUACAAAAGAAGAUACCAAGUUUGAUACCAUUGCCAAAAAAGUUGCCUUGAAAGGUUGUGAAAGCAUCAUCGAAAAAUUUCCAGUUCAUGAAAGAGACAACAGUGAUUUCGACUGGCUAGAUUUCUUCCAAAAAAAUUUCGAUUAUCACAAUCUACAUGCUCUGUUGUUUCUUCAUCAAUACAAAGUUGUGGAAUCUUCAAGGACAAAAGAGUUAAUUUUGAACGAGUUAGCAAAUAAAGAACCACUCAUACAAAAUACAGUUUUGCAAUAUGAGAUUUGA